AUGACUGAGGAGAAUUAUCUAUUAUCUACUUACAGUCUUCUUUUGAGUAUCCAUAUAUCUGUCUCGACUUAUUUUGCAUUUGCCCCCCUGCUUGUGCUGGAGAACCAUCUCGAGGGCUGCUUUGAUAUUCUUAUCAUUGAAAUCAUCCCAUCGAGGACGUUCCAUUCCAGUGAACUUCUGAUUCUCUUCAAGGCAUCGCCGGGGAGUUGCUGGAAGGUCCGGAAUCAAGCUCCACUCAGUCGCACGGAAAUUCGCACCUUUUGCUGCGUGCCUCAUCGAACGACCUGGUGGACCUCGAUUUGCUCGGACUUCCGGUUAUAUCAUGUUUUGAGCGCUUCAGUGAUGUUGGUUCUCGAGUAUCGGUUCUUUCUGCCGAUUCCUGAAAAGCAUUGUCAUUACUUCAGAAACCAAUUCAAUCAUCACCAGGAGAAGCAAACAUGUAACGGUGCAAAAGAAUGGAAUUUGACCUGCUCUAGUUUACGCUUAGGAUUUAUCAUGUUCUCAAGCUUCUCCGAUGAGAUGGGGCCAUUCCUUUGCUUCUCAGUAGACCUCAUUUUCUCAGCAAUUUCAUUACAGAGUUCUACGGACAUAUUUACAAUAUGUGGGUGUAACACCACUUUUAUCAAUUGUUUAUUUCCAAAAUUCAUUUCUAUGCAUCUGCAGAGCCCUUCUUGCUGAAGUCUGUUCAAGAUCUCAUCGACAGUCUUGGUACCCAUUGUCAUGCCCUUUCCCUUCUCGAGAUUCACGAGCCACCGGAAAAGGUUAGGUUUCAAAAUGAACUUCUCCCUCUGCAGAACACAACAGCAGUUGAUUAAGCAGAAUAUUCCUACUGCAAUAAAAAUCCAGUGAAAGGUUUCUCGAGCAUCACCUGCAGUCGUUCUAAGAUCCUCUUUGCCCUUCGAAUUCCAUCAGCAGUCAAUGACAUUAAUGGUUUUGGCAGAAAGAAUGACUUUUUGGAGUGACUGAGAGAUUCUGAAGGAGCAUGGUCGGAUAUGGUUUUUCCUCUCCUUUCCGAAAUUUCUGUCUUAGACUUUUCUGUUUCUGCAGAUAGAAGGCCUCGUUUCUUCACGAUCUCCAAGUUUCUUUUCGUCCAAUAACGGUACACCUCUGACUUUUUAUGUUUUUCGCGUCUCCGGAACAUCCUUAAUCGAGCAUGGUUUUUGGUUAACCAUUCAUAUAGCCACUUUUGAUAAGCUCUGAGCCUCUCCUGAAUCUGUUUAUGCAAGUCACAAAUCCGGAAACACAUUAGAGGGAUUGAGAGUGUGAUAGAAACAGUACAGAAAACUAUAUCGAUUUAUAGAAUGACGAUUACUUGCCUCCUUUGUAGUCAAGCCCGUUGCUCCUGAAGCAUCGAUGGCAUCAAAAGUUUGUUGAUACAUGGGAAGCUCUACCAGCUGCUCGUUCCGACGGCAUGUCCUUCCAUAUUUUAUGCAUUCAGCCUCUGGUUGGAGCUUUCCUAGAAAAAAGUCAUUUGGAGAAAAUUCUUUUACCAAGUGCAAGCAUUUCUUCUCCUUCUAGAAAGAUUGAGAGAUGUAAAGACAGAGUUAGAUUUCUUAGUCGUCAGGCAAAAAACUCGAGAAUUAGAUAUGCAAUGAUUGUGUA